AGCAGAAAAUGUUUUGGAAGCUUAUGAAAAUAAUGGAACUGCUCACUCCAACAAGACUUCAGGGGUGAAGGUCUUUAACAGGUACAGGUAAUGGAGUCUGCUGAGGACUGGAACACCAGAGAGCUGUGUCCAGGGCUGGGACUGGGCUGUGGGGCAGAGUGCUGUUAAACCUCUCACCACACUGUUUUACACUGGCAGAGCAAAAAACUUUUUAUACCUUUUAAAAUUAUUUCAAGGAAUACCCAGGUAAGGAAGCUUUUUUCACUUGUGCUACCACCUUCACUGUGUACAUCUGAUUAUUACAGGUUGAAAUGAGUAAGAGCCAUUGCUUUUCAUGUGAGAAGAGUAUGUUACAAAAGUGUUAUGAUAUGUUCUGCAGAAACAGAACAGUUAACAGAUAUAAGUACUGCCUCUUAACUAUUGCUACUUCUUUGCAUUUUUCCAGUGAGGAAAAACAGAAUGAUGCCCAAGUAAUUAAUUACUUAUGUUUAUAAAUAAUAUCUCCCAUCAUCUUCAACCUCAUUCAAUUAAAUUAUGAUAGUGUAGGUUAACUUGGUGCUGCUGAAUAAACUGGCAAACUUGAUAAUUAUUAUGAAGUCAAAGUUUAAAAACUCACUAAAAAUACUGUUUUUUCUUCAACACCAAAUUCUUUGUUAAUGCUACAUCAAAGAGGUUAAGUUAUUUUUAAAACAUUUUUGUUUUUAUUGUAACAUUCCAUAAACAGAGUUUGCCUCUUUUAAGGCCUUUUAUAGUUAAUUGCUGCAAAUGGCCUUUCCUUAAGAAUCUAGGCUAGGAGCCUGCAGGAGUCUAAGAGUUGCCUGGGAUUCUGUUUUCCCUUUUUAUUUUACAGGGGAUUGAGAAGUGUUCAGCAGUCACAUGCCAGGUUGGCAGCCUCGGUGGUUUGUUUUAGACAAUGGGAUAUUGUCAUAUUAUGAUUCCCAGGAUGAUGUUUGCAAAGGUAGCAAAGGAAGUAUAAAGAUGGCUGUGUGUGAAAUAAAAGUUCAUGCAACAGACAACACAAGAAUGGAGCUAAUCAUCCCAGGGGAGCAGCAUUUCUAUAUGAAAGCAGUUAAUGCAGCUGAAAGGCAAAGAUGGCUGGUAGCACUGGGGAGUGCAAAAGCCUGUUUAGCAGAUACCAGAACAAAAAAAGAAAAAGAAAUAAGUGAGACCAAUGAAUCUCUUAAAACCAAAAUGUCUGAACUUCGUCUCUACUGUGAUCUUUUAAUGCAGCAAGUUCAUACAAUACAAGAAUUUGUUCAGCAUGAUGAGACUCGCUCUCCUCCCAGCAUUGAGAACAUGAAUGAAGCCUCUUCCUUGCUUAGUGCCACAUGUAAUACAUUUAUCACAACACUUGAAGAAUGUGUGAAGAUCGCCAAUGCCAAGUUUAAACCAGAAAUGUUCCAGCUGCCUCACCCUGAUCCCUUGGUUUCUCCUGUGUCACCAUCACCUAUUCAAAUGAUGAAGCGUUCUGUUAGCCACCCUGGUCCUUGCUAUUCAGAAAGGAUUAAUUACUCUGUAAAAGAACAAGGUUCAUCUCUUCACAGAUUUUCUCAGCGGCGCAGAAGAACAUACUCGGAUACAGAAUCUUAUAGUGAUACACCUUCUGAAGAUUCUCAGAGAUCUGCUCAUUGUUCUAGAAGUGUUGUCAAUGGAGAUCUGGUAUCAUCAACCAUUCCUGAAGAAAGUAAAUCAGUUUCAAAGGAAAGAUCUGAACUGGAAGAGACUCUUUCAUCCUUUUCGUCCUGAAGCAACUGAAAGUAUUAAAUUUUCUAUAAAUAAUGCUAUGCAAAAGCUGCUGUAAUUAUACUGUUGUUAUAGGAAGUAGUUAUUUCCCUUUUUAGAAGGAUUUCUCUGCACUUUAUAGAAUAACAUAAAUACUAUCUUUGAAGUGUAUUUUAUCUUUAUAUAGUUUAUUUGCAAGAGUAUUUUCCUAAUAUUUCACAGUUUGAAUGUGCAUUUUUUGGAACAAAUGAUGGCUUUAACAGAUAAGCAUCCACAUUUGUAAAUGCAGCUCUUUUUAAAAAAGUGUGGAGGUCUGACCAAUACAUUAGUAAAUGAGCAUUAUAAACUUCAGCAAAAGGUUUUCAUUUUUUUGGAGAAAAUGCAACUUGUGCCAUGGGCCUCGUGGUCAUUUGUACCAGGUCAUCCACCUGAAGCUGUGAUUAGCCCCACAAUGGCUUUUUUUUUUUGCCAGUGCAAGGGCUGUGGGAAUGGGCACUAAUGGCUCUGCUCCAGCAGCUUGACGGUAAUUGACAUUGCCGCCUUUAAAAACACAAGGAUAAACAUUAUCCAGUCCUUAUUUUUAGGCAAUGAAAGUAGAAAUAUUUAGUGUAUUUUUCUAAACAAAUGUAUAAAAAUAACUUAAUAUGAAGUAUUUGUACCAAACAUGGGAUAUUUAAUAGUUUUUAUUUAUUUAUUCUUUUUUGCAUCAAAAAUUUCUACCUACUUUCACUACUAAAGGUCUAAAAAUCUAUUAAAAGCUACAAAAUGUGCAUAAAUUGUUUCUGGGGUGUUUAGCAUCACAAAUAAUUAAUACAGUACUGUUAAGAUUUACUCUGCUUACUUAAGAUGUAUUUUUAGCAAAGUAUGAUAAAAACAAGAGCUGAAAUGUUAGACCAUUCUAAGCUGCUGUUGUAAUGAAUAUUUGUAUCUAUACAUGUUUUAUUUAUUACAUAUUUAUACAAAAGGGAGCAUCUGUUUUUGCAACUCCUUUAUAUCAUUUGAAGGUGGUAUACACCAGAAGAUGGAUUCUGCUCUCAGUUACAUCAGUGUAAAUUUGCAUUAACUGUAAGUGAGGUCAGAGUCUGACACUCUGUAUUAUUGAUGAGUAAUAUAGUAUAAUAGUGCCUACUAGCACCUGGGUCAAGAAGGUUGUUAAUGUUAGCGUUGUAAGCUUUUGGGGACUUUUUGGGUGUUUGUUUAGGGAUGAACUUGGUCGAUAAAGUCUUAGCUGUAGAGCACUUGAAGCAAGCCAUUUACUUUUCUUGAUUUACAUAAUUGCUAAAUAAAUGUACAGGGUUUUUUGUACUCAAGCACAUACCAAAAUCUGUUUUUAUAAUCAGAUCUUUAAUUUGGUUUAACUAGUCUUCCUUUUGUGUAUAUAAAUAAUUUGAAGCAGGCUGUAAAGAACAGAUGGGAAUGGGAGUUUUUCCUUAUGAAUUUUUGGAAUGUUGAUUUAUCGAAAUCAAAAUAGGUCCAAAUAUUGAGGAAAAACAUAUGAGCUGUUGGCCUUAUAUAAAAUGCUAAUUUAUAAACCAUUAUGUCAGGUUCAAGUGGAAUUGAAUGGUUGUAAAAGGGGUUUGUGUAUACCAGCUCAGAACUGUCAUUUGUGCUCAGUUCUGUCAGUUUUCAUGCAAACUGGCAUAUGCAUAUCAGCCAGACACAUGCUUGUACAUUUUUUUUCUGAAUGUUUGCUUUAAUAUAUUCUGUAUGACACGACAAUUGUAAAAAUAAGUAUUAAAGAAGAUGUUCAGAGAAGUAAACUACA